AUGGGAUUUUGCUUGGCAAGGAACGGAUUCAUUAUGAAAAGUUAUCUUCCUUUAUAUAUAGGGCUGACGACAGGUUUUUGCGGAUCUAUAACAACUUUUUCUUCAUGGAUUCUUUUGAUAUUCAAUGAAUUUAUUUCACAGCACGUUCCUCAUCGUAGCGUUACAUAUAAUGUUCUCGCAUCUCUUGCAGACAUCGGAAUCACAAUAGGAAUGUCUGUGACAGGACUGAAGUUUGGAGAACAUUUAGCAGAUAUAAUUCUUCCAAAACAUAAAAUUCGAUUGGGAAAAUCAUGUAAAAUAGUUCAAAAGCCUUCAAAAUUAAAUGAAUUUACUAUUGCGGAUUUUAUAUGUCUUGGAUUCGGAAUUGCAUCAUUUGUUCUCGUCGUUGCUUUAGCUAGCACAGUACAAGUAAAUAGGAAUAUAAUAUUUGCUACUGUAUUCGCUCCCAUAGGAACCUCGAUUAGAUGUUAUUUAUCUAAAUAUAAUACAUUCAAAAAACAUUUUCCGUUGGGAACUUUUGCGGCAAAUUUUUCAGGUUCAAUAGUUAUUGGAAUAUUAUUUCUAUUAAGUAAUGGUAUAGUUUAUUCAAAAUUAAGUUGCGAAAUUAUCGAAGGACUUGCAAAUGGAUUUUGUGGAUGUCUUACGACAAUUUCUUCAUUUGCAAACGAAAUCACACAGCUUCCAAGAAAACAUGCAUAUAAAUAUGCAUUAGUUUCCAUCUUAAUGGGUCAGAUUGCAAUGAUAUUAACAUAA